CAAGAGGAAGAAGAAGAAAGAGAUCAGAAAUAUCUUCUCUAAGUUUCUCUAUCUAUCUUUCUCUUGUUGAAAGAUCUUUCAUAGUUUAGAAUGGGGAGUAAUAGUGUGUGGGAGAUAGAGGAGGAGGUGGCUAAUAGUAGUAGUAGCCAUAAUAAUAAUAAUGGAGGAAUAGGGAGUUAUAUGAAUGGAGGUUCUUUAUCUUCAUCAAAUGGUGAAGAUGUGUAUGUAGCUGUUGGAAAGAAGAAAUCAAGCAUGGAUGCACUCUCUUGGGCUUUGAAGCAUCUAGUCAAACCUUCAAGCUUUGUUUAUCUUGUUCAUGUCUUCCCUGAGGUUCAUCAUGUUCCUACUCCAUUAGGACUUGUGCCAAAAAGUCAUGUGAGUGCACAGCAAGUGGAGACAUACAUGGGACAACAAAGAAUCAAAAGAAGAGAAAUGUUGCAAAAGUUAAUGGAUUUAUGCCAUUCUUCUCAGGUCCAAGUAGACACACUUCUCAUUGAAAGUGAUUCAAUUGCAAAAGCAGUCCUUGAUCUCAUUCCAGUGCUCAACAUUAAAAGGUUAAUUGUUGGGGCUAGCAAAUCUAAUCUGAGGAAGUUGAAAGGAAGCAGCAAAGCAGAACAAAUACAGAAAAGUGCUCCUCAGUACUGUGAAGUAACAAUCAUUUGUGAUGGAAAACAAGUUAAUGACAUUGAUCACAAAGAGAAAUCAUCUUCAAAUUCUAAGAAUGUUUCUGAAAAGCAUGAGAAAGAUGGAAGAAAACAAGUUAUUAAGAGUUCUUGUUAUUGUUUUUCGAAAAAAUUCUUGUGAUACAUUUAUUUUUUGUGAACAUUUAAAUACAAUCAAAGAGAAAUUGCCUGCCGAAGAGUUGUUUUCGUA